AUGGCGGCUAGAUUUUUGAGAAGAGGGUUAGACCAGUUAAAAAGUAAAGAAUUUAGGGAAUACCUAUGCAGGUAAGUAAAAUAAGUCCUCAGGAAUAAACAUGCUUUUCUAAAUCUGCCGGCGUACUAAAUUCUUAUUGUUUUUCCUCUUUAUUUUUCAGCACGGUAAGUUUCGUCUUGUUUGUUGGCAAAUAUGAGCUUAGAUUGUGACAAGUGGAUUCGUAUGACAAUUUUUCUCUAACAGUUACUCUGUUUCUUUUAUGGACAUCCUCUAGCAUUUCUGGGGACCGAGUAAGUACCAUUUUAAGGUGUUCUUAUUUGUUAUGUCCAUAACUAUUUCAUGUUGUGAAACCUUUUGAAAUAUAUUAAAAAGUUGAGAGUAAACUUAUGGCAAGCUUAAGUAAUAUUUAUUGGAAUACCGGUAUUCAGUGUAAGGGCAGGUCACUAGUGUUAACAUAAUGGUCGUCUGUAACUCAAAAAAUACCUUCAACAGCUCCAAUGAUUAUAUUUCUAAUAAUUUUGGGCAACAGAUUUAAGAUAAAUUAAAAAAUGUACUGCCCAUUAAUAAUUUGGUUGACCGAUGUAUCCACCAGCAGUAUUCAGGGCUCAGUUUGCCGACAAUCUGUCUGUCUUUUGAAGGCUUCUUGAGAGAAUCAGUAGAGUGUUAACUAAAAAUAAAAAAUGUACUGCCCAUUAAUAAUUUGGUUGACCGAUGUAUCCACCAGCAGUAUUCAGGGCUCAGUUUGCCGACAAUCUGUCUGUCUUUUGAAGGCUUCUUGAGAGAAUCAGUAGAGUGUUAACUAAAAACACUGCUAUUGUCUCAAAGCCAUUGCAUACUAUUCAAGGUUUGGCUGCAUGAUAUGUAUACUGUUUACUUUAGCAUACAAGCCUUGGACCCAUGCAACUUCAGAGAGCUAAUAUCUGAAAGGGCUCAAAUUGAGUAAAAAUUUUGUUUCCUGAACGCAGAUCAGAAUUCGUUGAGUUCAAGAAUCAAAAUCUGAGGUGUGGCUCUAUUAUGCAGUGGCGGAUCCAGGGGAGGGGUCCCCCUUAUUUAUGCAUCAGUCAAUUCCAGCUGCAUCCUUCCCCCCCCCCCCCUUCCCAGCUACUGCAGGGCAUUUGCCCACAUUGUAAGUCCCAGGGGUUGGGCAUUUGCCAACCCUGAGGCAUCUCUCGAGCUUUCAACAGGCAUGUGGUUUCCUAUCCAAAUUUAACUGAAAGUGGUGGAUGUUACUGGAAACACAAGCAGAUGAGCAUGAGAUGAGGAUGGGAAAAACUUUUAGAGACUUUAUGCAUGCAUUUCUUCAUUGCUUUUCAAGCCAGAACUUACGUAGCAAAAUCAAGAGCUAUCGACAUGAAUCAAUGUACUGUAUGUUUUGGUUACUCAAUCAAAUUUUUGUUGAUCCAGGAUUUCAAUAAGAUUAAGUGGAUAUGAUUCUAAUACUACUAUGAUCUACAAUGUAUAUGCUGUAGUUAUUUUGUUUAUUUCAGUUAAUUUUUAUUUUUCCAUUGUUUUUGGGUAUGGUAAUGUAUUCUAAUGAAUUUAAAACAAAGGAAAAACAAAUUAACUAAAAUAGAAAAUUAAUUGCAACAUAUAAUUAUGUUAUCUGAGGAACCUCCUUUCAUAUUAUUUAAGUAUUCAGAACAGAUAAGUGUACAAAACACUAUUAAUUUUAAUGUUAAUUUCUUUUUACUUAUGAACUAUUUAAAACAAGAUAAAUAAGAAUAGAAACAAGAAUCAUGAAGUGGUAUCAUCAGGCAGAUGUUAAGUGAAACAAAAAAUUGCACAUUAAAAUGCACUACUCGACACAGCAAUCAAUGAAAUCUGCUGCAGAUGGGACAUUUGCCUUCUUUAUUCAUCUCCACCCCAAGACAUUUGGCAGCUCAAGUGUCCCAACCUCCAGAAAUUUGCCACCCAUGAUAAAAAAAUUGCCAUUACCGGAGAGGUUAGCCCAUGGGGGUUGGGGGCAUGGGUGCAGCUGGAAUUGACUGAUGCAUUAAGUUAAAGCAGAAUUUUGUUUGUUUUUUUUUUUUGUAUAAUCGCACAUGAAGAUGUAAUCUAUAAAAGUACAGUUAUAUAAACAGGGUCCGAAAUUGUGAUCAGAUGGUCGCCAACGUGACUGAAAAUUUAGUGCUGGCGACCAGAAUUUCAAGGCUAGUCGCUAGCAGGCAGCCAACUUUCAGUGCCUUGUCAAUGUUUUGAACCGCGGCACUUGAGGAAUCAUUUUCGUUUUAAAUGGAAAAACAAUUAUUGCAUUUGAUUUUCAGAAGAAACUUAGAUACCCCUUGUCUUGUCAAAGUUAUUAAUCUCCGUAGAAAACAAUUCAGGGUAAGAAAAUACAAAAAGCAUUGACUGUUUACACGCAAACGAAAUCACCAAAGGUGGGAGACUGGUACGAACAAUUUUGUUCUGAAGUGACCUGGUACAAGCAACAUGGCGGUUAGCUUUGCGGUGCGUAAGUAAUAAGAAAGGUAGUUGCGUUAUAAUGUUCAGUCUUCAAACUAAGAGAGCUAUAUAUUUAAGGAAAAGUCCUUUUCAGCUAAGACGUCUAAGCUACAUGUACAUAAUAAUGCCUUUUUGUAUGUGGCAGUCUGACUUUUGCAUUUGUUCACAAGUAUUAAAGAUGUUUUAAGUGUGUUUCUACGUUAAGCAAAAAGUUUAGGGGCACUUGUUGGUGACUAGAAUUUUCCAUCUGGCAACUGAAAAAAAGCCACUUGGUACCUGUAUAAAAAAGUUAAUUUUGAAGCCUAAUAAAAAUAAAGAACAAAAAAAAAAACUUAUUUAUUAUAUGGCAUGUGCUUUGUCUAACUCAAGCAUUUUGGCAUUAAUUGCCAGCAAUGCAAAUAGCAGGGCUGUCACUAAGCUUUCAAGUUGCCAGGUAUAUGCAGUUUAUAGGUGAAGUUCUAUAUGUUGUAGUAUUUUCAUUUUGGUUCCUCUCAAAGUGGCCAGGGGUCGUGUACAUAGUAGCUAGGGGAAAUACCCGGUCCUUGGCCCUUAAAGACAAGACAGCCCUGAAAGAGUGCUUUUGCAUUAUAAGAUCUGUCGGUGAUUGUGAAUAAUUGCAAGGUGAUACACUGUAGAUGCUAGGAUUCAUUUUUCUUACCAUCAACAUAAGCAACCAAUAUCACUGAGAUCUCUCUGCAUGGCUAUUGUGCAUUCCCUCCUCAAUUAUGCCUCUGAAAUCUUGAGCCUGCGGUCGAGUCCCGGCGGGAGGGGGGGGGACUCCCAUAUAAAAGUGACAGGGAUGCUUGUUGGAACAUUCAAAUUAAACCCCUAAGGGAGACCAAUGUGGGAUGUGGGUGUGGCUCAAGCUUGAACUGACCCCUAAGGGAGAUUUCUGUGUGGUCAGUGGCAGAGCAUUUUUUGUAAAUUUCUUUAUACAAAUUACUAUAAGCGAUAUCUGAAUGGGCAAAUAUAGUGACUUUCCAUCCCAAACACCCUAAAUGAGACUGAAAUCUGUAAUUAACACCCCUAAGCAAGACAAAGAGCAUCCCCAUCGAUUUUAUAUGGGAGACCCCCACCACCCCCUGGCCUGAUUCCGUCUCUAUGAUAAGGCUAGUAGAGAGAGUUCAGAAAAUAAUAAUGUGCAACAAGGGUUUAUUAUCCUACAUGACCUAGGUUACAAGUGGCUUGAAGGGUUAGAUCUACAGACUUAAGUGUAGACUCAUUUGUCUGACCUAUUUAUAAGGGAUUAAGUAAUAAACUGAUAUUCCAUUCUUUUUCAGUAGAAGAACCAAUUUUUUUAAGGGAACAUUGUUACAAAUUAAUUUUUGUCAUAGAAUUCUCAAGAGUUACUCAAGAAGCUUAGGACUGAAGACCUAAGCCUGUCAAGUUGCAAAAACAUUGCAGAGAGUAUCACAAGAAUACAAUCUCACAUGUUACUUGACCAGAGCUUAAAACAGUGUUUAUUAUUACAGUAGUGGUAUUAUCAAUUAUAAAAUUUUAUUUUUUAUCAUAAUAAACUGUAUAAUUAAACAAGACUUACCUGUAAGUUGAAGUUUGAUUGAGAUUCUAUCUCAUGAUAUGGAAAGGCUGGAAGAUCACUUUGCAUGGGACCUUACUGCCCUUUGGUCAUAUAAUAGAAUUAACAAAUUCAAUGUGUUCCUCUUUUCUGACAAAAUCUUUCUUUUUCUUUCUUCUCAUAAUUUGUUAGUUAUUUUUAAAUUAGGAUCAGGACUAGCACGCAUGGUUCUUAGAAUGUAUGUUCCUUACUAGUCUUUCACUGCUUCUCCCUUGUGUAUUUUUGUAGUUAAUAACAGAUUAAAUUAAAUUAAAACUAAAUAAGAAUAAUGAAAUAUUAGCAGUACUGGUGUGUUAAGCUGCAGAAGAACAGUCAGAUUUCUUUGCAAAAGUUACAAACAUAGCACUGUUUCCAGUACACACUAACAAUUAACCUUACACCAAUCUUUUCUGUUUUCUCAUUAUGUUCCCUGCCUAGGCUGGCCAUACACUUCAAGUACGUAUUAUAAACAAAUUUGUGUGUUUUACUUUAUUGUAGUUGCCAACUGGGGUCUUCCUCUUGCCGCAAUGUCUGACAUGAAGAGGGAUCCUGAAUACAUCAGUGGCAAAAUGACAACAGGUGAGGAUGGUCAUGUAAUUAGGCAAUAAUCCAUCCUUCUCCCCUGAACAGGAUGUUACAUGUAGUCCAUCACAGGGGUCUCCCAACAGUACUGCUUGCAAAGCAAGUCGUGUCUGAUAGCCAUGGGCUAGUGAAUUUUGUGUUCAGGCUAGUAAUUUUGUUCUUAUAAAUUUGCUUUAUAAUAAUGGCAAGCUAAGUAUUUGGGGGAAUUCAAAUUACAGAAUUACUGUAAGACAAGUAUUAAUUAUUAUUUAAAUUCCAAUACUUAAUAAAUUCAUGAAGUUUGAAAGCUGUUUUUCAAGCUGAUCUGAUAAAGUAAAGUUAUUAUUACUAUGUAUUAAUAAAUCAAUCAAUUAAUAAUGAUAAAUUAAUUAAUUUUGCUCCAAAAUUUCUUUUGGGCCAGUAAAAAUGACUCUAGGGCUUAGUAUAUGCUAGCCACUGCUUGCCCAUAGGGCAGCUGUAAAACUGACUUUCUUUGCACCGUGCUGUAUUUUUCUGACAGCCAUUUACACACCAAGGUUGCUCGACAUAGUUUGAAACAAACGUUUUUUAUUGCACAGUGAAUGGAACACCUAUUUUUGAAACCAGAUGUUAAAGUAAUAACUUAUCAUGACUUAUCAGGCUUUCAAAACAUCACUUCUGUUUUUUUUUGUGUUGUUGUUGUUUUUAUCAUAUUAAUUUGAGAUUGACUGUUGUUUGUCUUUAUUUGCCAGCUCUUUGCAUCUAUUCAAUGCUGUUUAUGAGGUUUGCAUGGCGAGUUCAACCUAGGAACAUGCUUCUCUUUGCUUGUCACUUUAGCAAUGAGGUUUGCCAGCUGAUUCAGUUAGGACGAUUUACCAAAUAUAGGUGGGGAUUGUAAUACGUAGUGUAUAGUACAGUUAGAUUAGAGAAAAUCUUGUUUUCAUUUUGUUAUUGAUUUCAGACAACAACUUUUACUUUUCCAGUUAAAGCAAGCUCAACUAUUAACUUAACACCUGCUCUUAAUUAUUGAAAACUAAUAUCAUAGCAGGUUUUAAGGCGAAUGCAUCACAAUAAAAUGAUUAUCAGAUAAUAUUUUAACAAUAUUAUUCAAAAGCUUUUCUGUAGAACACCUAGAAGGUAUUAUUAAGAGAUUUUAAUGUUCAUGAUGAAAUGAUUAUUAAAGAGAUAGUCCGAGUUAGAUCAAAGUGAGUAUGGGACUUCAAUAGUAGUUAUCAGAAUUUUGCAUUUAAAAGUGGUUCUUUUUUAUUUAUAUUUUAAAUUCUGAUUUACAAAGCUGUAUAAGAGAUUGCAGGAGUUGAAUCUAAAUUGCAGGGCCAAAGACUCUUCGAUUUUUGUCUUUGUUUUCCUGGGGAGAAGGAUGUUCUUUGUGGAACUCCUCUUGUUUAUAACUUUGUUUCCAUUAAAAUUUUUCAAGCUACAUUUAAAUAUAAUCCAAAUACAGUUUAAAUUCUUUUCAUCCAGGAGGUUUGAAUGAUCAAGAUUUUAUUAGCCCUCUAAUCCAAUUUUUACCAUAUCAAUGAACUGAAAUAAAACCAUCUCAAAUUUUGGGAAAGUUGUUAUUCAGUCAGUCAGUGACACAGGCGGCUCAAAAGAGAAAAACUCCAAGUACUCCCAGUAGGAUACAAACCUAUGACCUUCUGAUUACCAGUCCAGAUGCUCUACCACUGAGCUAUAGGAGACUCAAGGGAUUUAAGGCCACUAAACUAGGUAACUCUACUUUCUUUAGCGAGCAAACAUUCCAUUUUGGGUGUUUGAUAUUAAAUUAACUGCAUGGUCAUCCAAAAGUUUUUCUUUGGGUUGGCCAGUCAUGUUUCCUUUUUAUGCUCGACUUGUACAGCUUUGACAUGAUCGCGGAAUAUUGCUCUCAUUUUAAUGUUAUUAAAAUUUAUAUUUAGGCUGGGAGGCGGGCCACAGACCCGGCCAAGUGUGGAGGUGUAUCCAUCAAGUUAAAUAUGCAGCACACUGUCAUCCUCUUGAGAAUUUUGCUGUGUAUCAUAAUUUUAUUAUAAUAAUCAUUAAUAAUGAAUUGAAUAACGCAUGUGGCCAGGAUUGCCAAAUUAGAGCUUGUAUACUCUUGUGACAAAACAAUGUCUACACUCAAAAUUCACAUGGAUGGAGAUAAAAAGCAACUAUGUCACGGCAGUCAAGUCCACUUUGUAUAUGUGUGCUAUUUUAUCACAUGAAGGAUUAAGGUAGCCAAAUGUGACAUUAUUGCUUAACCCUUUAAGCCCCAAUUUCCACAUACAAAUUCUCCAAACUGAUCUCUAUACAUUUCCUGUAAGAAUUAGUUGAGAGAAUUUGAUAAAAGAUCAAAGCAUUUUCUCUUUGGUGAGCAUUGUAUUAACUCUCAUAACCUUUUUUUUUGCCAAUGUAUGGAUGUCGUCAGAAGAAAAUUGAUGUUGAUCACUGUUGGGACUUAAAGGGUUAAUGACAAAGUCACAGCUUCAUGGCAAAUAAAUGUGUCCUUUAGAGAGAGAAUUCAAAGUCACAGGGAUGGGAUAUGAAGUCUGUCUGUACCUUCUUUGUCUUCCUUUUUUAUUUGUGGAGUCAUUUCCAUAUUUAUUUUAAAAAAGAAAUAACCUUCCUUAUUUUUGUAUUUUACUCAAUUUGAUGUCCAGUCCGUAACUACUGAAUUUGGUUAAACUGCACUACAUUGAUAUUAGCUUGCAAUCAUGCUAUCUUUGUAUCUCUAAAAGACUUCUCAUAUGUGAUAAAAAUGCCUGAUUUGGGGUUAACCAGCAUUUUAACUUUUGAUGUAUCAGACAAAAUGUGUGCUUCUUUGUUUUGCUUUUUACAAGGCUGUCCAGUUUAUUAAAGGAGGACUUGGUUACUUGUAAAGUCUUCUGACAUGCAGAUUAUUUGAGGGAGUAACUGUUUUAUACUUGUAAACGAAGACAAUUUGUGGAUGGGACAGUUUUAAUUUACUUAGUGGUGUAAAAUUUUAAAAUGUGUGACGAAAUAUUUUACACUAGGGUAACUGUUAAAAGAUAGGAAAGGGAACUGGCAAAAUGUGUUGCAGAUCUAUCUCAAUCCUUGACCUUAACUUAGUAGAUUUUUUUGAGCAUGAAGUAUUGGUUUAAUAACCCUGCUGUUUUAAGCAUUCAUUGAAUUUUCCGAGAAAUCUUCUGAAAAUGCGCCUUCUUCUUCCAAGGGAGGCAGGCUAAUUUAAAGGGACACAGUCAGCUUUGGGACCGUGCUGACCUGGACACCAGUCUUGCAUAUUAUCUCAACCUGAAAUCAAAUACGUAUUUCAAUACAUGUAAAUCUAGAAAUCUGCUUCAAUCUUCCCUAGUGUUUCAUUCGAUCUUUGAUAAUUUUGAUACUGAAAACCUAUUCCUUAGUAUUUCUUUACUCAUCCUAUAUUGAUUAAAAACAGUAUGAAAGGCGUAUCUUGUGAUAUGUAAAUCAGCUAAGAAAUGGUAUGUAAUGCUCAUAUCCAUCAGCUGGCUGUGUCCCUUUAUUAAGACCUCGUUAGACAAGAAAGAACCAGAGGCUGAACAUGCUGCUCAUUGGGAUGAAAAACAUUCAUGUGUGAAAUCCCAUUGGGAUCCUCUCCUUACUAGCUAACCCUGGUCUGACUUGAUCUUAUUGCUCGUGCUGGUUUGCACGUGACGUCACGGCGGCCAUGUUGGUAAUCAAGAACAAAAGCAUUUCUCUCCGCUGGGAACUAAAUGCCAUUUUCACGGAAAUUCUUCGAGAAAAAUUCCUAUUGUAUUGACUACCAACAUUGCCGCCUUGUCACGUGGUUGCAAACCAAGAAUAGUUAACCAGAGUUUUUAAAAGUUAUUAUUUAGCUUGUUAGGAGAAGUGGGUAGCGCCAGUAAAGUUUGUAGAGCAGAUGAGAAUAAAAGACGUGUAGUGAUUAUAAAGCUGACGGCUUCGGGGAUUUCCUGGGAUUGGGUGUUUUAGUUUUAUUUCACAACACAUAACGAAGCUUUAAGUGAAGUCAAUCACGGUAAUAUUUAAAGCGGAACAUAAGUGUGUUAUAUUUAAAUAAAACACUGGUUGGUUUUACUUUCCGAGUGAUAAAUGUUUCAAGUUUAGCUAGGGUUGCCGAAUCACGAACGGUGAUUAAAACUGAGUUUAGACAGUGCUUAAGAAGAACUUGUUGAAAGCUAUUUUCUCUUAUUUUGGCCAACUUUAGUUAUAAUUAUUUAAACAUUGUUUGCUGUGAUUAUAUACUUUAUACUCCCACUAUGUCAAAUUUUAUAUUUUCAUGUUUAUUCACAAGAUUUCUACCCGGAUGGUUUGUGUAAAUGUGGUAACUAAGAUCCCUUAAAGUUGCUCUUUGCCGUUAGUUAGUGCUUCGACACCUUUCAGCCUAUGGUUUCCAUGUUAAACUUCAUCGUCGUCGUCGUUAUUAUCAUCAGCCCUUUAAAAUUUACACCGGUACCCAAGUUCAAAACCAUACCCUUCCAGGCCGUACAUAGCGCUGCGAGUUUUGAUUUCUUUUUCGUUUUUGAGUUAAAGUAUUUUUUGUCACAGGUAAUGCUAAUAACUUAUUAUCCCUAACUUCGUCUGCCUAUAACAAAAGAACAAACGCACUUGUUAAAAAUCUGACACACGUUUUAGUCAGAUGUGUCAGGAAGCGAAUGCGAUCUUUUCUUCCGUUUACUUUCGGCUGACCUGGACUUAAAUUUACAGAGACAUUUACUUUCUGCAACGCAUUAACAUUUUGGAUUUUUAAAAAAAAUUAGCCGUAUCUGGAACUACCGGUAUUUAAUAAGCUUUCAGCCAAUGUACGGUGCUUGGGCAAGAAUUGGGAGCUGGAACGCUGAAGUGAAUGUCUCAACAAAAAGAAAUAAAGGCAAAAUAAAGAAGAAAAUAAUAUUUAUCUUUUUGGAGCAGUGCUAUCAAACGUUCACAGUUGAGGAAAAUUCUGCCACAUUCUAAGACAUGAAAGGCGGUUUGUACGGGGGCUGACUGAUUUGAGGGAAGAAACUUGGCUUGACUUUAAUUUUUCUUUAUCACUCACAUCCUUAGCCGGAGGUGAACGAGGUAAAGCAUUGAUUUCCAUCGAAAUUUUCUCUAAUCUCUCUUCGAUCGCAGCGGGUUUCAUGUAAUCUUCAUUUACGAUAUCGAUGUCAUUGCCUUGGUCAUUCCAGUUCUCUCUAGGGUAGGAAGUCGGUUUCAUGUAAUUCUCAUUUACGAUGUUGCUGCUUUGGUCAUUCCAGUUCUCUCUAAGGUGGACAACCGGUUUUAUGUAGUCCUCAUUUACGAUGUUACUGCCUUGGUCAUUUCAGUUCUCUCUAGGGCGGGAAGUUGGUUUCAUGUAAUCCUCAUUUAAGAUGAUUUGGUCAUUCCGGUUCUGCCUACGGUGGGUUCUUGAGGCAUCAUAUUCCAGAGGCAUAUUCUGUGCUUUUUCCAUGACGUUAUGAAGUCUGAUUUCUUCUGCCAUUCCUAACGAGGGUUUAUUUAAAUUCUGUGAUUCUCUCAGUUCUGGCAAAUUCUUGCUAAUCAAGUCAGAAGAAGGUAAUUUCCAAUCCUCCUGUUCAGGAUUCAGAUCUGUAAGAGUUUCAGGUUUGUUGUAAGAUGGAGGCUUUGCUGUUAGGAGGUCUAUCUUCGAUUGUAGCGAAAUUGAUGGGACGACUUUUUCAACUAUAAAAUAGUCAUUUAAAAUAUAGCAAUUUAAGGCAAAUCUCAAGUAACAGUUUUAAUAUUUUCGCUCUGUUUACACGGAACUUUGAACGGCUAGGCGUCCAGAUUAUCGUACGAAAAGGUGAUUCCGUGUGAACAGAACACCGAAACACAUAAAUUUUCAACCGGUCGAAAAUAGGAACGUAUACUAAACCUUAUUGCUUUUGUGCCAUUUCCAUUGCCGUUGCCGUUACCGUCGUAGUUUCGUAAGGUCCCUAAUACUUAAGCUAACGACACUAAGAGAAUAAUUAUUCAGCGCUUACCUUGUGAAAAAGCGUUGUAUUUAAUGUGAACACACUGGUCAAUGGAAUAUUAUGUUGAACAUCCGAAGCCUUGUUUGCUGAGUACUCUAUGGUCUUCUUUGCCUUUUCAUUUUGAUUCUUAGAUUCAUACUCGGAAUCAGAUCCAUUUUCAAGCAGGUUUCUUUCGGGAAUUAUGUUUUUGUCCGUGUUCAAGUCUCCAGGAUUCUUCAAAACAGGUUUUACAUUUGAAGUGGCAAUUUUAGUCGGCGUGGCAUCGCCGUAAAGUUUGCUUUGAAAAUCUUUUAAGGCCCGAAUUACUUAGCGCUUCGAUUUCUGAGACUAUUUCUCGAGUUGGCGGCUCUGUUGUCUCUGAUACAGUAAGUUUAAAUGGGGCCAGUGUUGCGGCUGAUCAUUAUUUUCUCAAUGUGAUUUCCUUCGUAGCUGGCGGAACGGGAAUAUUAACGGCUGAAUCUAGGGGCAAAAGUGAAUUUAACUAUUUUAACGAACGUGUGUAAUUCAAUCAAUCAUUGUUCUUACAGGAGAUAACUUUUAAGUGCUUUGUAAAUAUUUAAAAAAAGUAUUCUUGCAUGGUUUUUAUUAAGUGAACAAAAAAGUGCAAUUCCCCCACCAAAAAAAACAAUAAUAUAACGAAUCUCACGCGCAUUUUCAACCCUCGGUUUCAAAAUUUUCAGCUCUUGGUGCUUCUUAAGAGUGAUUUUCUAUAAAAUUCGAACUUCGGCCUGACACGGUACCUCAUCGAUUUGGCUGAUUUUUGGCAUGUAGUCUUAGAAUGGUGUCCUAAAUACUGAAUGCAUAUUCUAAGGUUCGAAUUCUCGACCCUGCUGUUUUAAGCAUUCAUUGAAUUUUCCGAGAAAUCUUCUGAAAAUGCGCCUUCUUCUUCCAAGGGAGGCAGGCUAAUUUAAAGGGACACAGUCAGCUUUGCAACCGUGCUGACCUGGACACCAGUCUUGCAUAUUAUCUCAACCUGAAAUCAAAUACGUAUUUGAAUACAUGUACAUCUAGAAAUCUGUUUCAAUCUUCCCUAGAGUUUCAUUCGAUCUUUGAUAAUUUUGAUACUGAAAACCUAUUCCUUAGUAUUUCUUUACUCAUCCUAUAUUGAUUAAAAACAGUAUGAAUCGCAUAUCUUGUGAUAUGUAAAUCAGCUAAGAAAUGAUAUGUAAUGCUCAUAUCCAUCAGCUGGCUGUGUCCCUUUAUUAAGACCUCGUGCGACAAGAAAGAACCAGGGGCUGAACAUGCUGCUUAUUGGAAUGAAAAACAUUCAUGUGCAAAAUGCCAUUGGUAUCCUCUCCUUACUAGCCUCCCCCGCAGGCGUUUUUAGGGGAGAUCGAUCUCCCCUAAAAACGCCAGCGGGGGAGGCUACUCCUCACUGGCUAACUCUGGUCGGACUUGCAGUAGAUCUGAUCUUAUUGCUCGUGCUGGUUUGCACUUGAUGUCGCGGCGGCCAUGUUGGUAAUCAAGAACAAAAGCAUUUCUCUCCGCUGGGAACUAAAUGUCAUUUUCAUGCAAAUUCUUCGAGAAAAAAUUCUGUUGUAUUGACCACCAAUAUGGCCGCCUUGUCACGUGGUUGCAAACCAAGAGUAGUUAACCAGAGUUUUUAAAAAUUUAUUAUUUAGCCUGUAAGAAGAAGUGGGUAGCGCCAGUAAAGUUUGUAGAGCAGAUGAGAAUGAAAGACGUGUAGUAAUUAUAAAGCUGACGCCUUCGGGGAUUUCCUGGGAUUGGGUGUUUUAAUAUUAAUCAACACAUAACGAAGCUUUAAGUGAAGUCAAUCACGGUAAUAUUUAAAACAGAACAUAACUGUGUUAUAUUUGAAUAAAAUACUGGUUGG